AUGUCGUUGAACCGAGACCCCGAGUACAUUCGAUUCUUGAACCUGAUUGCUCGGACGUACAUGCUACCAUUCAAUUUCGAUAACUAUGACGAACUACCUCUGACGCUGCAGACUACAUAUAAAGCCUAUGCUUGGACGAAAUACUACGAGAUUGACAUUUCUGCUGCACAGUUCGGAGCUGUUGUGCCUGAUGAGGAAGUGGAUGUUCUCAGAGGCUUCUGCAACGAAACAUCAGACUUCAUUGAAACACUUGUCCAUUCGAUUUCACCGACAUCAGCUCCCACGCCCGUUCCAACGACAACAAGUCCAGUUCUUCCGGCUCCUACCUUUCCCCCGUUGUCAUUUGACGUGGAAACUGCCAAUACAAUGGUGAUGAGUGAAAGCGCAUCUAUCUCAGAUCUUCCCAUUCAGUGUCGACGUGCCAUGUUUGGCUCCGACAGUGAAAGAGAUGGAUUCUUGCUUCCGGAGGAGUACACCAUGUUUGCCAACCGCAUGUCUAGCAAUGCCUAUUUGCAGGCAGGCAGUUUUGACGCCUUGCCUUUGGAGCUCCAGGAGAACUUUCACAAUCUCGCAGAUGAAGGGCGCAUCGAUAUCUUCGGUGCAAUUCCAUCUCAAUGGUCACAAGCCACGCCACAGCAGAGAGCCUUUCUGCAGCUGGUGUGCUUUCGGACGGAAGGAGCGCUAGUGAAGGCUCAUGAAGCCAAGGAGCAACACAAUAACCAAACGGUGACUCACACUGCAACUCCCACAACAGUAAGCCCAACAACCUUGCUGCCAGCCAACAACACAGUUGCGCCAACACCAUUCCAGACAACAAAUGCCAAUGCCAACAACACAAACAGUACCACAAAUCCACCCAAUACAACCAUAGCCAACGGGAAUGCAUCCAACAACAAUUCACACCCAGGUUUCGAGGAAGGCAAACGAAAGCGCAACGUGAUUGCCGCCAUCGUUGGAAGCAUUCUCAUUGUCAUGCUUGGUCUCUACUUGGCCCGUGACAAGCAAGAUAGACUCAAAGAGUUUGCCUCCAACGUGUACAGCAGGCUGAAAAAGAGAGUGCAGGAAGCGCACAAGCAACAUCAAAGGAGGCAGAGUCAACGGCGGCAAAAUAAUGCCAAGAUUUCACCUGCUCUGAGCACGGACACGGACGAUGUCAAGAGCAACAAUGGUGGCUAUCGUCAUCAUCCCCACCCAGACUUUCGCAGACGUCAUGAAAUUUACGAUGUCGAAUCAUUGCAACAUGAACGAACAGGGUUUCUCGAAGAUCAGCGUAUCGGGACCGAGAAUGUUGUUCUUCAAGUCGGCGACGAAGUUGAGGCGGACCAUGAUGCGCACGACAUGAAACCUCAUAUUCGCCAGAGCGACGGGUCGAGCAGCUUGGGCUUCAAGACUGUUCGGGUCAAUCCAGAAGAAUUCACAACUCGUCCGUAUGGAAGAAAAACUUUCUCGAUGAGAUUCGAUCCAGAUGAUGAGAUCCCAGACGAGAGGGACAACACGAGAGACGUAGAGGAGAACACAAACUAUGCCACUCAUGUUCACCAGCUCGACCACCAUGAUAUUGACUUGGGCACCGAAGAAGAAACCCACAUCAACGAAGACUUUCGGGAUUAUCGAUUUGAUGAUCUGGAAUCAGAUAGCUCCGCCAUGUCACUAUAUUGCAGUUCAGUUGCAGACGAAGGAAGUCGCGCAAAGGCAAGGAAUCAAAUUCCAAACAGGGCCAAGAAACAAAUAGGCAAGAAGAAGAAGAAGGUAACGAUUGAUGUCGACAAUAGCGAAGAGCCUAUAGUGGACACCAUCCCUCGAAGAGGUAGCCGACUUAACCAAGAGCCUCGGGCGGAAACGAUCUCAAGUCCCCGAAGAGGUAGCAACACAAUGUAUCCCGCCAAUCGUUUUGGCCCAAAUGCUCCGUCAGAAUCCAAAUCUGAUUCGGGACAACACGGUCACCUGAGAGGACAUUCCGUUCCGUGCCUUUCUCCUCGCGCACGUCGUCAAAUAUCGGCUAGAAAGGGGACGCUGGGUGGAAGUUCCCAUCAUCAGAGGGAUGAAAAUCAGCAGAAUAGAAACAGAAGACAGAGUGGCUCUUCUCGUCAGAAGCCUCUGCGAACUGCUGCCAGGCCGACCCCUGCGAAAAGAACGUCUGCAAAGAAUCCAAAACGAAGGUCUCUAAAAAAAGCACCCAGCGUUUCGAGCCUGGAGGAACCAAGCGAGCAGGCAAAGGAAUUGUCGGUUGCAAGCAAAGCGGAUAAUCAGAAAGAGUCAACAGUGCCCCAAAGCCCCGAAAAGGCGACGGUGAAAAAGACAUUCACCCGGCAGCAGAAGAAACACAGUCCUACACCAUCGCGUACGGUACACUUUGAAGAAGUAGAGCUAGAGAAACCUGUGGAUCGCUUCCUCAGAUAUGCCAUGGAUGAAAGCAGCACCGAGAGCAGCGACGCUUCCGAGUCCACCCACGACCACGACCACGACCAUGACGAGGGAUCAUCGCGCUCGAACACAACACCGUUGCAAGCUAAAAUGGAAGACGAGUUAGAGUUACCAGAACGUCAUCGCACCAUUGCAAUCGACGUUGCUCUAUCUGACGAGGAAGAAACGAGUCUCACAGAAAUGUCCAGACAAGGAUCUCUGGAAAGAUCGCGUGACAGUCCGCCGGUGAGCCCAAGGCAAGAAAACAAAAAAGUGACACAUCGGUGUGAGCCCAAAGACUUUGGUGGCAAGGACCGCCACAAUUCGAGCCUCGUGGAGACGAGACGGCAUGCCAGUUUAUCUCCAGCACAAACUCGGCCGACUCAGGCGCAAAGCGAAAAGAAAGUCAACGACCCUAUGAAGGAGAAAAGUACAAACACAAUGAGAUCCGCAUUCAUGAGAGCAAUUCUUGGAGACAGCAGCGGGGACAGUACCCCCAAAACGAAAAGCCAGCCUGCAAAUGAGAAAGGCAAGGUUAUCAAUGUUGAUUGCAAGACUAUUGAUAUGGAGAAGAGGCCGUUGAUGGAAGUCGAUACAAUGAGUUUCAGCAGCGACAGUGCCUCCUUUCACCCUCAUUCACCUGUGAACAGUAUCACCAAAGGCCUUGUUCGAGGAGAUAGCGACAGUACCUACUAUGGUAAUGCAUCUGAAACCUCCUCCACCUUCCCUCCAGAAUCAUCCACUUCGGAAUCAUUUGCCCUACCAGAAGACGAAUCAGGUACAGCCGCCAAUGAUUCUACACAACCCUCCACCAAAGCUGCUACCAAAGAUCCCAUCGCAGAGAUACGCGAGCUGGUUGCAAUCGUCAUGCCAACGGAACAAGAAAAGAUAACUCACAUGCUUGAUCAAUACAAGGGACGCGAGAUUGUUUUGCUACAAACCUUGCGACGCCUCGAAGCCAGAUCAUCUGCACGAAGGCGGCGAGGAUCCACUGUCUACGCAGCCAAGUCGACAACAGAUCCAAAGCGAUCAUCUUUGGAUACUGCCAAGGAGGCCCUUCGAAGAUCAUCUGUGGUGACUGAGAAUGCAGAGCUUCUCGCGGCGUCGGCAACAGCAGUUGCUGCUAGUCCCACCUUGGCAGAAGGCAGUGAGCGAUCGGAGAAGACUGCCAUGCUCGAUUUGGAAACCUCGUCUGAAGGUGGGCUAGAAGAAGACGAAUUCAGCCUCGACAGUACAUAUGUGGAUGAUGAUAUGAAAAGAUCCUCCGGUAGCAUUCUUGGAGAUGACGAUGGCAGCUGGUCCGUCUUCUCAGGGGGGGUGCGGUUCGCUGUGUAG